AUGCAAUCGGGAACACAGCUCAAGCUGAUUCACUUGGAGCUCAGUGAUAGCGCCCUGAUGCUGUCCCUGCUGCUGAAUGCUGACGAUCAAUUUAAUUUCAGUCUGGGGUCCAACCAACUGACGCUGCACCUGAGCCAGCAUGCUUACGGUAUUAACAACCACGCCACCCAAUUGUCUUCAGGGAAUCAGAACGGAUCAUUCAACGCAAACCCCAACAAAGUCAAAUACAGGCGACCUCGAUUGCGUGUACCGCAAUAUCUGGGUCACGAUUCUCUGGUCGAUGCUCCGAUGCUUCAACCAAGUGACGAUGAAGACAUUGUUUUGAUGGAAGAACGAGAUUUCUUUGUGAGUGCUGGUCGCAACAACCUGGACUCUUUGUUAUAUGACUAUGAUUCCUUGUCAGCGUACAACAUGUUCAACGUGCACAAUCAGACGCCACUGAUUCCCUACGGUCUGGUACCUCCAAGUAUUGACAGCACUGUAACUAAUGGUCAGUUUUCGGUUAACACUUUUGAUCAUCACAAGAAAAAACAGAGAACGAAUUCAUUACCACAAUUGCCACAAGUGAAAUGCUUCUAUCACAAGCUUCCAAAUAACUAUGUCAUACAGACACCCAAACUCGGAAAUGUCAAAACAAAUGUGAUUCCUCAUCAACGAAAUUUACCACCUUGUGAUGACGACCAAGGACAUUACAUCAUCAAAAUUAAUGAGGUUUUUGCUAAUCGAUUCGUGAUCAUCAAGUUAUUAGGACAAGGUACGUUCGGUAAAGUUGUCCAAGCUUAUGAUAAAGUGAAUCGUCAGCAUGUGGCGAUAAAGAUAAUUCGUAACAUUCAGAAGUAUCGGGAUGCGGCACGGAUUGAGCUUCGGAUAUUGUCAACUCUCAAAAAGUUUGAUAAUGACAACUUGAAUCAUUGCUUGCACCUUCGUGAAUGUUUCGACUACAGAGGACAUAUCUGCAUUGUAACCGAUCUAUUGAAGCAACUGUUAUAUGACUUCUUGGAGCUGAACAAAUUUAUUGCUUUCCCUGGUUCACAAAUUCAAGCCAUUGCUAAACAGCUUAUUCGAAGCGUGACGUUUUUACACGAUUUAAAUUUGAUUCAUACAGAUUUGAAGCCGGAGAAUAUCCUUUUACAUGAUGAUGGUUAUUCAAAGAAGCCCUUGACCCUGAGCACUUUGAUAACUGCAUUUUUGGCGAUUCAGCUGUUACAAAAGCAUCACAAUCUGCCAAAAGUUCCACGUACACUGCGGAUACUAUCAAAUCCGUUGAUUCAAAUUAUUGACUUUGGGCUGGGAAUAUUUGACGACGAAUAUCACUCACUGAUUGUUCUGACUAGACAUUAUCGUGCACCCGAGAUUGUAUUAGGAACGGGCUGGUCCUUUCCUUGUGAUUGCUGGUCAAUCGGCUGUAUUUUAGUUGAACUCGUGAUAGGUGAACCUCUUUUCAAAACGCAUGAUAAUUUGGAACACUUGGCAAUGAUUGAGAAAGUUUGCGGCUAUCCCAUCGAUAAACUGAUGGUCCAACUGUCAAAAGAAAAAGGUAAUGAGUGUGGACUUGAAUAUUUCACCAAAGCAUAUAUUCCAGACGCACAUCGCAUGACUGAUGGUGAGGAGGAGGACGAUUACAGUGGCGAUUGUGAUGAUGACGUUAUUUUUGAUGAUGUGGCAACACUGCAUCGUCUGUUACGCCUUAUGUUUCCCACACUGCUGACUCCAGAGAAGUUUGUCAAGCUGGUAGCUGAACUCGAUCGCAUUGACGUUUUCAUUUCUAAACGGAUUGGGUUGGAUAUCAACUUUGACUAUUCGCUCCUGCUCAACUAUCAAAAGAAUAAGCACUUGAUGAAUUUUGGCAAUUUCACAUUUUGGUGGUUUUUCAUUGACUUGUUGAAAAAGUUGUUCAUUAUCAACCCUGAGGAAAGAUUGACAGCGCUUGAAGCGCUCAAUCAUCCUUGGUUUAAUUUAGGGAUCGAGGACGAAGGUACCGUGUAG